AUGACGGCGGCUCAAAGUGGUGGUGCAUUGCCCUCACAAGCUUCGGGAAGCGGCGUCAAGGCCAACGCGCAAGGCCAACAAGCUGGCGCCGCUAAGGAGAAGAAGCCUGCGCCUGAGCAGAAGGAGUCAAAAACACCAAAGAAAAGAACAUCUUCAAGCAAGAUUCAAGAUGAAGAAUUCUUAGAAAAGAAGAAUAAACUUAGCCAAACUAAAACUGAGUAUGACAAAAGUCGAAAAGAUUUCCAUAACUACAAGGUGUGUAAACAACUUGAAAGUAAAGAAAAGCAAAUAAAAAAGGCUCACGAGGAACUACAAAAGAAGCUGCAGACAUACAAAAACUGCGCAGAAAGAAACAACAUCGAUAUAGAAAAGAAUAUUUUAUAUCUAGACAAACAGAUAGCUGGUACAAAGCUACAAGGCAAAGAAAAUAAACAAAAUCCGGCAAAAAUGAAUACACAGAAAAGUGUGGAGAAAGAGACAGAACACAGUAAAAUAAUGGAAAUGUAUACAAAUUUAAAAUUGGAGAAAAUAAACUUUGAGACCAGCAUGGAACUCUUGCGCGUCGAAGAAGAAAAAAUGAAAAAAGAAAUUGAAAAAGUAAGGAAAAACAUGAAAAUGAUCGAAUCAACCAAAAAGAGAGACAAUAUGCAUUUGAAACAAAAAUUAGCUAAACUAAGAAAAAAGGUUGAGGAAAUUAAAAAAACUGAAAAUGAAAGGGAAACGGAUUUGAUUGCGCAAAUACAGAAAAUUGACGAAGCAGAAGCGAAAGCGAGGCAGAACGUAGACAACAACAUUGAUAAAUUGCAAAAUGAAUUAAACGAUAAAAGGAAAGAAUUGGAAACCAGAUUGCAAAUUUUAGCGUCACAAGAGCGUGAGAAAGUAACAGAAAUUCAAAACGAAAUAACAAAGUUAAAUGAAAUCAAAAAUAACAAAGAAAUAGAAAUGGAAGAAAAAAUAAAAAACAUGGAAAUUGAAUUAGUUCAAUCUACACAAGAAUUGAAAAAAAGCAUACAGUAUUUUGACGAGGUUACAAAAGAAAAAGAAAUUAAAACUAGAAAAGCAAUAGAAGCCAAUAAAGAACGCCAAGAAGCUGCUAAGCGUGAUAUGAAAAGAAGGAUCAAAGAAUUUGAAAACCAAUUAGCUGAAGCUGAAAAACAAAGUCACCAAAGUAUUGAGAGAAUGCAACAAGAGACAAAGAAGCAGGAGAAGGAAUUUAUUACAAAAGCACUGAACUUGAACGCGAAAGAAAAUAAAAUAAAAUUGGAUAUAGCUCGAAACAAACAUCGUCAAAAAAUUGAAAUAAUGAAACAAGAUGAAAUUGAGAAGGAGCAGCAAAUUAAGGCUGAAAUUGAAAAAUUGAAAGUUAUAGAACAACAAAUCAAGGCCAACAUUGAUGCAAAUAUUAAAGCCUUAAAAGAUGAACUAGCAGAAUAUUCCGAUAAAAUUAAGAAAGAAGAGCUAAGGAGUGCUAAUCUUUUUGCUGAAAGGGAGAAAACCAUAAAAAGAACAAUUGACGCUGCAAAUGAAGCCCAAAAAAAGAAGAAACAACUUAUGGAGGAAAACAUUAAUAAGUUAGAAAUAAAACUGAUCAAGCUCAAAUUUGAUGUGGACGAAAACUGUAGAAUUAUGGAACAAAGCGAGUCUGAGCGUAAAAUUCAAAUUGAAGCAGAAUUGAAACAGUAUGAAAUACAAAAAAGACAAGAAUUGGAAAAUACCAUCAAACGAUUACAUGACGAGCUGACUUCAUAUACCGAUCAAUAUAAUGAACGCAUUAAGAUGAUGCAAAUCGAAGAAAACGAAAAAAGCAUAGAAAUACAAACACAAAUAAAAAGUAUCAUAGAAAACCAAGCUCAGAUGGAAAACAAGCACAGAGAUAAUCUACAGACACUUCAAAAUUCAUUGGAUCAAGAAUUGGAAAAUAAUCAAAUGAAAUUUGAAAGUAUGCAAAAGAUUGAGUUUGACAAGAUUAAGGAAAUUAAUGACGAGAUCCAGUCAUUGAAGGCAGUUAUAGAACAGGCUGAGUCUGAGAGCAAUGUUCGUAUUGCAGCACUAGAUCAGGAAUAUGCUGAAUUAAAACUAGCCUACGAUGCAGAUAUUGAUGACAUUAAUAGACAGGAAAAAGAAAGAAGAGAAAUCGUUGAAGAGAAUAUUAAGGCGUUACUAAACGACUGCGCUUUGAGAAACGAAGAAUUUGAAAAGGUCAUGCACUCACUGCAAGAAAAGGAGGACAAGAUACGCAAAAAAGUUGAAGAUGACAUUUAUAAUAUCGACGCCGCUGAGACCAAAAGGAGAGAGCAACACAAUAAAAUAAUUGAUGGCCUGAAGCAGGCCAAGGAUGAAUUGGAAAAAAGUUUACACGAAGAACGUGGAUUUGUCACCGAAAGUACAUUGAUUUAUAGGCAGAUACCAACUCUUAGGUCUUUGACGACUGCAAUUAUAGCACAGCAGCUGAAUCCCACGCCAGGGACCAGCGGAAUCAACCGUGACAAUGUGUCCAGAGAGCAAGCAUCGCCUCCUCUAUCACCAGCCGUUGAUGAAGCUAGCCUGGCUAAGGACCCAGCCAACAAUAAGAAGACAGCGUGGCUUCGCUUUUGGUAAGUGUCGGCUUGUCACGUAAACGUGUCAACAAUCAGUGCAACAACGACUCUACAGCUACACUUUUACGCCAAUCAGAAGGAAAUUACAGCAUUUAUAAAACCAGACAUUGUUCCUACCAUUUUCAAAAAGAAUUUUUUAAAUAAUUACAUGAAUAAAAUCAUAUAAUUACAAUUAAAAACUUUGCACUAAUUAAAACAUAUUUACUUCACUUUUACCACCGCGGUGACUGAAUAGGUACCACAAUAAUUUCAUGUGGAAACAAAACUUUGCUAUCACUUAGUACAAUCUACCUCCGACUUACACCCGCUAAGUUUUCAUCAAGGCGUUGUAGUAGAUAUUAAGAUUUUAUAUUUUUAUCAAUAAUAUUAGUUUUAUUGUAUAACUGUUAGUAAUUUCCAUGGAGUUUCUUGCCGGUUCUUCUCCAUGAUGGAUGUGUUAUGCGGAACCGUGCACACUUUUAAAUUUUAUAAGAACCUACUUAAACAAAAUCAUUUGAAGAAUACCAAUAUCUUCAUGUUUUAAUUAAUUUUUAUAUAAACAUACUUUAGAGCGAUAUCUGCCAGACAACCUUUAAACCACAUUAAAAAAGAAUAUACUUUAAAAAUAAACUUCUAAUAUUAACUCUUGAUAAAGAGACAUAAUAAAUUUUUCGAUUUAAUCGUUCUAAGGUUCUUAUAAGAUGUUGAAAGUUAUUUUAUAAGUAGUUUUAACAUUAAAUAUUUAAGGAGCCGAUUUUUUUUUUAAGCGGGGAUAGCAUCAUAUUACUUCUCCCGCUGUAGGUGUCGCAAGAGAGAGUCAGACUCACUCAUAAAAACCAAGACCUGUACUGAUCCAGGCUACGAUAUCUCAUAGCUUCUGAUCCCAAAUGUGAAUGUCCGUUCCUUAAGCUUUAACUCUGCGCUAAUAUUUUUUAUAAAAGUUAAAGUCAUUAAUUUUAGUUUAGUUUAUAUCAAUUUAUUAUCAUUCUAAGUUCUAAGGGAGUUUAUACUGAUAACCAGUUGAAGUGGAAGGAAGAGCUAAAUUACAUUGAGAAAGCGAUUAGCCCUGCCUGUUAUGUGCUUAGAAGUCUCAGAAACGACGUAACCAUAAAACACUUGAAAAUGGUGUUUAAAGCAU